AACGACGUCGUUUAGUCUUUAGAAAGAACAACAGGGGAAGAUGUGAAUCCCGAAUCCGCAUCAUCGCUUCCCUCAAUCUUCUUUCUUGUUCAAUCUUCAUCUUCCAAUCCCAAUCCAUCCAUCGCGUUAGGGUUUUCACAGUUCCAGUUCCCUUCUCCCGCACCGCCAUUGCCGCUCCCUUUUAUCCUCGAUCGGCAACUCUCUGCGUCCAAGCGAUGCAACGCACCGUCGCAAUUCCUUCGUAGUUUCGCGAAACGGCGUUUUUCUUCGGUGGAGGAAACUUCGGAACUGAGCCGCGUCGGAGUCCAAUCUUCCGCGCUCGGAAUUUCACCGUCGUUUUUUUUCUCUCUCAGUGUUCGCGUGUGUGUCUGCUCGGUGCUGCGUUUUGCUCGAACGAUGUUUCCGUUUCAUUCUCAAGGAACUCCGAAACACACUUGCACUCUUCUCGCUGUGACCUGCAGAACAAGUUCCGCUGAGCACAAACUCUCACAUGCUCAGCGCACAUAUCCUUUCCCUGAGUUAGUUUCCGCGGGGCGUCUUGAGGUUCAAACUCUUUGCAGUCCGGAGAAGGAACAGUUUCGGAAAGUUCUGGAGUCGUUUCAACCGAAUUUUGUUUACUUGCGAGGAGACCAGCUAGAGAAUGGGGAAGUAGGUUCGCUGGUUUGGCAGGGUGUGGAAUUAUCCACUUGUGAAGAUAUAACAGAGCUCUUUGGUUCCACAUUGCCAACGGCUGUUUAUUUAGAAAUACCAAAUGGAGAAAGUUUUGCAGAGGCUCUUCAUCUUAAGGGAAUCCCAUAUGUUAUAUUUUGGAAGAAUACCUUCUCUUGUUAUGCUGCCUGCCAUUUUCGUCAAGCAUUUCUUUCAGUAGUACAAAGUUCAUCUACACAUACAUGGGAUGCUUUCCACCUUGCACGUGCCUCUUUUGAACUUUACUGUGUCCAAAACAAUCAAGUACUUCCUUCUGAUAGCGAUGAUGCUAGUAGUGAGAUGGGGCCACACCUUCUUGGCGACUGUCUCAAAAUCAAUGUCGACCCUCCAGAGAUCGAUGAAGAGGAUGAUGACGAAAGUUCCUCAGGAAGUUUGCCUGCCAUAAAGAUACAUGAGGAUGAAGUGAACUUGAGAUUUCUCAUCUGUGGUGCACCUUCGACUGUUGAUGAGUCAUUGCUGAGAUCUUUGGAGGAUGGACUCAGAGCUCUCUUAACUAUUGAAAUACGUGGUUGCAAGCUCCAUGGCAAGUUUAGUGCCCCACCACCACCUCUUCAGGCAGCCGCUUUUUCUCGCGGAGUUGUGACCAUGCGAUGUGAUAUAUCAACCUGUAGUUCUGCACAUAUCUCACUUCUGGUAUCCGGCAGUGCACAAACUUGUUUUAAUGAUCAGCUCUUGGAGAAUCAUAUAAAAAAUGAGAUAAUUGAGAAGAGUCAACUAGUUCACGCACAACUCAACAAUGAGGGAAACAAAGAGAACAUCUGUGAACCUCGCAGAUCUGCUUCUAUUGCCUGUGGAGCAUCUGUAUUUGAAAUUUGCAUGAAGCUACCUCAAUGGGCUUUGCAGAUUUUGAGACAGCUAGCACCUGAGGUUUCUUAUCGAAGUUUAGUUGCACUUGGCAUUGCUAGUAUUCAGGGGUUGCCUAUAGCUUCUUUUGAGAAAGAUGAUGCUGAACGCUUACUGUUCUUCUAUCAAAACUGUGAGAAAGAUAGCUGUACAAACAAAAAUAAUAUAAUUUUUAGCAGUCCCCCUGGUUGGUUGAAACCACCCCCUCCUACUAGGAAAAGGUGUGAACCAAGACAAGAGGCUAGCCCUGGUCUUCAUGAAGGUGUCUUUGCAGGGCAGGGUGGUGUUUGUAAAUUAAAUGAAGAGGAAAAGGACAGAAAAAUUGUCAAUGGGAUUAGCAUGCCGUUAACUCCUGCUAGGCAGAGAUUAAAAGUAUCUGCAAUGAGGCCAAUUCCUCACAUUCGUCGCCAUAGAAUGACACCUUUUUGUGGGCCUUCUGAGACAGAUGGUUUUGAUGGCACUCAGGUAGAGGCUAUUUUGCCACUUGUUGCCCCUACGAAGCGUACUAGUAUUGGAUCAACAUCUGGAACACACAGAAAAUCAUUUUCAAGUGCAGCUCAGUCUAAGCAGGUUAUUUCAUUGAACCCAUUGCCUCUUAAGAAACAUGGUUGUGGUAGAGGCCCAGUACAGACAUGCUCUGAGGAGGAAUUUCUUAAAGAUGUCAUGGAGUUUCUGAUUCUCCGGGGACAUAAUAGACUGAUUCCUCAAGGAGGGCUUACCGAGUUCCCUGAUGCCAUACUCAAUGGAAAACGCCUUGAUCUCUACAAUCUAUAUAAAGAGGUGGUUACCAGGGGAGGAUUUCAUGUUGGCAAUGGCAUCAACUGGAAGGGACAAAUCUUUUCAAAGAUGCGCAAUUACACAACAACCAAUAGAAUGACUGGUGUUGGGAAUACUCUCAAGCGACAUUAUGAGACCUACCUUUUAGAAUAUGAAUUAGCACAUGAUGAUGUGGAUGGAGAAUGUUGCUUGUUGUGUCACAGUAGUGCAGCUGGUGAUUGGGUGAAUUGUGGCAUAUGUGGUGAAUGGGCCCACUUUGGCUGUGACAGAAGGCAGGGUCUUGGUGCAUUUAAGGAUUAUGCAAAAACAGAUGGGCUAGAAUAUAUAUGUCCUCAUUGUAGUGUUACAAAUUUCAAGAAGAAACAAAAUGUUGCUAAUGGGUAUUCUCAAGGGUCAAUGUCUUCACGACCCCUUUGAUAGUGUUCCCCCGAUUCCGUUCUGGAAUAGUGGACAAACUAGUUACCUGGUUUGCUGGAUUUAUCUGUAAUUUAUGUUUUAGAUAGAUUAGUGAAAUAUAGGACAAAAAAUUUGAAAAUUAGGUUUAAUCAACACGAAUGCCAUCAGGAGUAGGCGAACCCCUUCCACCUUUGUUCUUGAUUAAGGGGAGCAAAAAUUCCUAAUUCAGAUAAUGGAACUCAUACCACUUUCGGAUCUCCAUCAGACUCUUCAUUGUGAGCAGUGAGUUGAAGUUUAGUUUAUUACGAGUGUCCUAUUGUAUUUUGAAAGGAAAAUGUAUAGACUUGUGCAUUAAGCUUGUUUAUAUGAUUUAAUUUAACAUCUCAUUUUUAAGUCUUUCUACUACA